AUGAAACUUUAUCGUUGUUUUAGUACCGGUCAAUUGGGUUGGUGGUGGUCGGGAUGGGGUUGGGGUCAUGGCGUGUGUCUGCCCAUAUCGGUCAACGGCUCAACAAUAGUGUUAAGCACUAACGGCACGGCAUUCUUGCUCAGCAUAAACGGCACUUUCUCAGCCUCAUUAACUCCCAUCACCAACACUACCAGUCCAGUCAGUCCCUCCCUCUCCACCACAACACCCGCCCCACCGCCACAACCGCCCAUAAAACCCGUGGUAUACAACCGGUGCGACAAUACGCGCUGCACAGCACCCGUACCCUCCAAACUAAACAUACAUCUCGUCGCCCACACCCACGACGACGUCGGUUGGCUCAAGACUGUGGACCAGUAUUACUACGGCGCACAAUCGCAGCACCAGAAGGCGGGCGUACAGUAUAUCAUCGACUCAAUGAUACAGUCGCUGCUGCGGGAAGAGCACCGUCGGUUCAUCUACGUUGAGACGGCAUUCUUCUGGAAGUGGUGGCGCGAACAGGACGACAAGUACCGGGCACAGGUGCGCGCACUGGUCAAUGAGGGUCGAUUGGAGUUCAUUAACGGUGGUUGGGUGAUGAACGACGAGGCUAUCACCCAUUAUCAGGGUAUUAUCGAUCAGAUGACCUGGGGCCAUCGACGCCUACAGGACAUGUUUGGCCCAUGUGUUGUUCCGCGCAUUGGGUGGCAGAUCGACCCGUUCGGCCACAGCCGAGAAUCGGCCAAUUUGUUGGCCAUGUUUGGCUUUGACGGCCUGUUUUUUGCCCGAUUAGACUAUCAAGAUCGAAAGCUCCGGGCGGCGGAGAAACGCAUGGAGUUUAUAUGGCACGGUUCGGAUGAUAUUGGUAAGAGUGCCGACAUAUGGACCCACGCCAUGGCCGGCGAUCUAUACAACCCGCCCAAAGGGUUUAAAUGGGAAGACGACGACAACUACGACGCCGAGCCCAUUAUUGACGACCCGGAGUCCGAAGACUAUAAUGUGAAUGAAAUUGUGGACAAGUUUGUGAAUUACAUUCGCGAGUAUUCGGGCAAUUACUCCACUAAUCAGCUGCUCAUUCCUAUGGGUACGGACUUUAAUUUUCAGUCGGCCAACAAAUGGUUCACGAACAUGGACAAACUGAUCCGGUACACCAACGCCCGGCAAAGUAACGGAUCCCAUAUAAACGUGUUUUACUCGACGCCCACCUGUUAUGUGGCGGCUGUCCAUCAGUUCAACAACAGUCUCACCACUAAAUCAGACGACUUUUUCCCAUACGCUUCGGACAACAACACCUAUUGGACGGGUUAUUUUACGUCCCGUCCGGCGCUCAAACGGUACGAAAGGGUUGGCAACAACUUUCUACAGGUGUGCAAACAGUUGGACGUAUUGGCCGGUAUGGGCGGCGCUUACGAUAAGGAGAUGACUGCCCUACGCGAAUGGCAGGGUGUUAUGCAACACCAUGAUGCUAUUACGGGCACCGAGAAACAGCACGUGGCCGAUGAUUACGCCCUCAAACUGGCCAAGAGUAUUGCCGGCUGCGAACGGGUGGUGGACAGGGCUGUCGGCAAAUUGACCGCUAACUCAAUGGCCAACCGGACUGUCCAGUCCCUACCGGAGCAGCUAUUUUGCCAACAGUUGAAUGUUAGCGCCUGCGAGUGGACCGAGUCGUUGAACACAUCGCUAACCGUUACGGUGUAUAACCCGUACGGACAGCCGGUGCGGCACAUCUUGCGACUGCCGAUAAGCAAUUGGUCGGUACAAGUGCUGGACCCGACGGGAGUGCCAGUUAACCAGACCUACGUGUUUCCCAUACCGGAGCCCGUAUUGUUGCUCGAAGAGCGGGUCAGCGAAGCGGUAGAGGAACUAGUGUUUGAAGUGUCGGUACCGGCGCUCGGAUUUGUCACUUAUACGCUAAAACGUCAGGACACAGGCGGCGAUUCCCGGACGGCAUCGGUAGUGCGUAAAGUGGAGCGUGACUUUUUGGUACAAACGCCGGGCUUUAACGUGGUUUUCGAUGGGUACGGGCGGCUACAGGCGCUGCAGUUUCGCAACUCGGGUCGGACGGUGUCGUUGCGUCAGGAGUUUGCUUAUUAUCGGUCCUUUGAGGGCAACAAUUAUGGCCCAAACCGGGCGUCCGGGGCCUACGUGUUCCGACCCGAGCGACAGGUGGCCGAUGUGAUUGACCCUAACGACUGGUACUACAGGGCGCGAGUGGUGGAGAGUCCACUGCUCACGGAAGUGCACCAUAAGAUUAAGGAAGGCCUGUCCCAAGUAAUACGUAUAGACCACCGGAGCGACGCCAUCGAGUUUGACUACACGUGCGGACCCAUACCGGUGGCCGACGGGGACGGCAAAGAGCUUGUGUUCCGGUGGCAGACAAACCUGACCACUGGUGGCGUGUUUUACACCGAUAGUAAUGGACGACAAACGAUGCGCCGCCGACGCGACUAUCGGCCCACAUAUAACCUGACUGUUACUCAGCCGGUGUCGGGCAACUACUACCCGGUGACCAAUUGGAUAGCCAUCAAGGACGAGGCGACCGGCUUGCAGUUGACUAUCCUAAAUGAUAGGGCACAAGGCGGCACCGGGUUCAGAGAGGGCCAGAUCGAGCUGAUGGUUCACCGGCGUGUACUACACGACGAUGGUAUGGGUGUCGGCGAACCGCUUGACGAACCGGGUGUUGAUGGCAAUGGUCUGACUAUAAGGGGUCGCUUUUGGCUACAAUUGGCAACACUCGGCUCGGCUACUGAGCUGCAUCGGGAAGCCGCCAAUAGGCUAAUGAUGGCGCCGGUGGUCACGUUUAGCGAGUUGGCUGACGAGCCGGGUAAUUAUCAUAAGGAGCACCGGACCAACUAUACGGCACAGUAUAACCCGCUGCCCCGUAAUAUACAUUUGCUAACACUGGAGCGAUGGGCGAAUCGGACCCUAUUGUUACGGUUGGAGCACUUUUACCAGUGGAAUGAGUCGCGCGAGUGGUCAACACCCGUGAGGGUUGAGCUCCGGGAUGUGUUCCGCGAGUUUGUGGUGUACGACGUGUUGGAGACUACUUUGAGCGCCACCGAGAAUAUACUGGCCGUACGGCGGCUCCGAUUCCGGGAAACUAAUACCAAUAACCGAUUUGAGCCCAAACGCCAUGAGCUAAACACUACGGAUCUGUCGGUCAUUAUUAACCCAAUGGAAAUUCGCACGUUUAUUGUUAAAACUAAGCCUAGAUCA